GUUCAUUGAUUCUGUUUCAACCUCUGAUUCUGAACAGAUUGUAGUUAGCUUGACAGCCCGAAGAGUUGGUACAAAUAUUUGUGGAUUUUCGUCAUUUCAUAGAAUAAUUGAAUACAAAGCUGGAUAAUUAGAAGCACAGUUCAAGAAAUUAGAAUAUGGAGGGACAGUAUGAUGAAGGCAUAUCGGGUUUACAAGAUGAGGUCAGACAGAUAAAAUUGUUAGCUAAAGACAUGCAGCUGACGGACGAAGAAAUACUUCAAUGUGCCCAACAAGCUCUGGGAGUCAAACUUCAAAGUGAUUGGGAAGUUCUCCGACGAAAUCUUGAAAUAUUUAAAGAAGAAUCAAUAAAGUUUCUGGUUCUAUCUAAGGAGGUAUCGACAAAGAUUCUUAAAAAAUCUAGAGACGAAUCGAUCAAGUUUUAUAACGCGGCUAAAAUUGAUUUUGAUAGUUGUAAACACAAGACAUUACUUACAAAAGCUGGCAGGAGCAUCUUGAUUUUUAUGGCUAUUUAUUUAACAGCAUAUGUUUAUCAUAUGAUAUUUGAUUUGGAAGGCCCAUUAGGAAAAACGUUCGCCAUUGUUUUCUCACCUUAUGACCACGCUUGUAUGAGAUAUGUGAGGCUGUUGGCUCUACCUUUUCAUACCAUGUUAAAUAUAGGAGUGUUACACAAUGCACCGUGUCUAGUACACAAUCCAGUAUAUGUGGAAGAGAUCCCAGAGAAUUGUUGGCAUUGUGAUCGAGUCAAUCGUACCAGAAUAGCUGUUCGCAAUAAUGUAACCAUGCCAACUGCAGCACUUUCUAGGCCAACUCUAUUUAAGAAUUAUACACAAGAAAUGACUCUCACAAAUUUAACAGAUAUUAUUAAAAACCAUUAUAGUGAUUUAGACAGCCCAACUAUUGUAGUAAAAUCAACGGUGCCUUGGUUAAAACGACCGGUGGACUUGGUCAGUGUUGAAAACUUGAAAGACAAAAUUAUGGAAACACCCAAUUUUCAUAUGCAGUGGAUCAGUAGACGGAUUAUGACAAGUCAGAUAUUACGAUUUCUGUUUCCACGACCAAAAUUUAUUUCAAAAAUAUCGGAAGUCCUGAUCUACAGACAGAUAAUAAUUGAUGGCCCAAGAGCUAAACCUUAUCUUGUGAGUGAAGAUUCUGAAGGAAGUAUUAUGUACAUGCAGAAUACAGGAAACCGGACAUUAGACUUUGUUCAGAAGAAAGGUUGUGAGCACAAAUGUAAUCGUUUCCAAACAGUUAUAGAAUCUGGUGACGUCAUUAUAUUUCCACCUAUAUGGGAUACCUAUGUUCAAGAAAAUGGUGACACUUUAAGUCUAGCUUCUAUUAGCUAUGUUGACCUGAGAUAAAGUACGGUCACAGACUGUUUAACUUUAGUUUCUAUUAAUCGGCUAUGUCUAGUUUCUAUAACUCAGCUGUGUCUAGUUUCUAUCAAUCACCUAUGCAUAGCUUCUAUCGAUCAACUAUGCCUAGCUUCUACCAAUCAACUAUGUCUAGCUUCUAUCAAUCACCUAUAUCUAGCUUCUAUCAAUCAACUAUGUCUUUCUUCUAUCAAUCAGCUAAUUCCAGCUUCUGUCGAUUUGAGAUAUGAUAAUUAUCAAUUGAAUUACUUAUUACAGAAUUUAAAACAAAAUAAAAUGUAUGUAAGAUAU